CCUAUUAUAUAACAAAACAAAUGAAAUCCCAUGUCUAUAAUUCUAACAACAUUCACUUUUUAUUCAUUGAUUUUCUUUGUAGUUUUGGUAUCAUUUGUGAAUGGGAUCUUAUUAGAAGACCAUAAAACCUUAAUUUUCCACCGUUGUUCAUCUCAAAUGCUCCACGAUCCUCAUGGGAAAUAUUUGAAUGCACGAACAACACUUUUCGAGAAGCUACAAUCUCAGUCUUCUCAAUCUAAAUUUCAUACAACUUUUGUCAUGGUUGAGGAUCGCUAUGAAGCUUCCCUUUCAGGCAGAUUUCAAUGUCGUCAAGAUCUAGAUGAUCACAAAUGCAACGAGUGCAUGAAAUCCUUCCAAAAUGUCACAAACGGCUUAUGUGGUAGUUCCAUGGCAGCUAGGAUCCAACUCUCAGGGUGCCAUGUUCAAUACGAGGCGGACGGGUAUACCGGCAUUUUAAGCCUUGAUGAUGAAUUGAACCACAAGAAGUGUGGUGAAAACCAAGUUGUGGUGUCAAGUGGGUAUUUUGAGCAAAUGAGGAGCCAGGCAUUUGAGGCGUUAGAAACCGAGGCGGCCGAAGAUGAGGGUAAAAAUGGGUUUUACUCCAUGAAUAACCAUGAGGGAUUCCAUGCCAUGGCUCAAUGUGAGGUGGGUUUGGAAGCAUGUGAUUGUGCAAAGUGUAUUGUUGAAGGUAUUGAUGUUAUUGAGAAAGAGUGUGUGAGUUCAAUUUAUGGACAAGUUUUCUUGGGAUUGUGUUACUUGAGCUAUGAGUUUAAUCCACAUGAAUUUCAUGGGGAUGGAGAGCAAAAUAAUCGGAAUGGUUUUGGGAAGAUAGCGGCAAUUGCAAUUGGAGGAGUGGGCCUUUUAUUCAUUGUGUUUAUGUUAUUUCGAUGCCUAAAGAAGAAAGAUGAUGAUAUAUGAAGAACUAAUUCAUUUCAUUGCAUAAUGGGAGUGCGAGCUGAGCUAUGCAAAUGUUUUGAAAUUUUAUUUUUGGUUAAAGAGUUAAGUACCUAAACCAGCUAGCGGACAAGGAUACAAGCCUUUUUAUGACGUUUCUUUAUUAUUGUGUCACAUAAUUCAUGAUGUAUAUAAUAGAGAUAUAGAUUUGCUUUAAAAAAAAUAAUAAUAAAAUAGAGAUGUUGAUCUUA